ACCGGACCUGAUCCGAACCUGUAGAUUAAGGUCCGAUCUCGGUCUUUGAAAUUCAGGGAUUCCGGUUCCGGUCUAAAACCGGGGGUAAAAAAUUGUGUUUUAAAAAAACAAAAAAUUCAAAAUUUAUUACUCCUAUUAGUUAGCUAUGACUACCCGUAUAUAUCAUCCUCCUCAUCACUGACGUAUCCCCAUUUUCUACUUUUCUUCUUUUUCGCAAUUUCUUCGAUUAAUUCCUCUUUUUCAUCGAAACUUCAUUGAUUAAUUGCGAUUCCUUCCUCUUUCGUUGAUUGAUUUGAUCUUCCUGGUUUUCGAAUUUUUAAUUUCUGAUUUUGGGAUUCUGAUUUUCCGAUUAGGGUUCUUAAAAGAACCUAAUUUGAAUUGAUUUCUGCUGUACUGAUGCUGGUUCUUUGAUUCAUUUGGGGGCUUUUGUAAGUGUAAUUCUCUCCGUUUUUUUUUUUUUUUUUUUUUUUUUUUUUUUUAAUUUUAUAAACUGUAGAUGCGAAAAUUUGUUGGGGUUAUGAAUCUUUAGUGUUUAAUUUAUUUUUGAAUAGGUUUCUGUAUAUAUAUAUAGUUUAAAUUCUUGAAAUUCGAUUGAAUUUCAUAACUAAGGAGAAAUGUCGUCUGCUGGGAUUGCUGUUACUUUGCUCCUCACGCUUUGCGGCUUCUGGGUAUUCAUUGAUCGCCGCCAUGGAUGCAACCUCGAGCUCUGCCGUGGUUUCGCAGCUGAGAUUAUCAUCUCCCUCGCUUCGUAAUUCCAAAUCCAGAUUCUUUGAGUCAUGUCCACAAAUCAGAAACUGCAUGCCUCCUUGUAAAUAUACUUGUAGGAAUUCGUCAUCCAGCUCAUAUACAAUCAUGUCUUCUGACUCAGUUGAGAGUAAAAGCAGCAGCAUUAGUGGAUUUUCUUAUAGUCAACCAGAGAAGAGAAGUAAUGAAGUGGGUAAAACAUUUUGUUCUGCUGCUUUAUACACUAGCACUUAUGAUGAGGACUUGGCAAUAUUUCCCUCUCAUGUUGCGGAGGAAAAGAUUGGGGUGCUUCUUUUGAAUCUUGGAGGACCUGAUACUCUUAAUGAUGUUCAGCCGUUCUUGUUUAAUCUAUUUGCCGACCCAGACAUCAUUCGCCUUCCCUCGUUGUUUCGUUUUCUGCAAAGGCCCCUGGCUCAGUUGAUUUCUAUGCUAAGAGCCCCUAAAAGCAAGGAAGGCUAUGCUUCAAUAGGAGGAGGUUCACCUUUACGAAAGAUAACUGAUGAGCAGGCAAAUGCACUUAAGUUGGCAUUAGAAGCAAAGAAUAAGAAUGUAUCUGUCUAUGUUGGCAUGAGGUACUGGUACCCAUUUACAGAAGAGGCGGUUCAACAGAUUAAGAAGGACAAGAUUACAAGACUUGUUGUCCUUCCUCUCUAUCCUCAGUUUUCUAUAUCUACAACAGGUUCUAGCCUCCGAGUUCUCCAAAACAUUUUCAGGGAAGAUGCAUAUCUGUCUCGCGUGCCUGUUGCUAUCAUCCGAUCUUGGUACCAGCGAGAAGGUUAUGUCAAGUCCAUGGCUGACUUGAUUGAGAAAGAGCUGCAAUCCUUUUCCAUGCCUGAUGAGGUUAUGAUAUUCUUCAGCGCUCAUGGUGUGCCAGUAAGUUAUGUUGAGGAUGCUGGAGAUCCAUACAAAGAUCAGAUGGAGGAUUGCAUCUUCUUAAUUAUGAGAGAAUUGAAAGCUAGAGGAAUCAACAAUAGACAUACGCUUGCUUACCAGAGUCGAGUUGGUCCUGUGCAAUGGCUGCAACCUUAUACUGAUAAAGUUCUUGUUGAGCUUGGCCAAAAAGGAGUAAAGAGUCUGCUGGCUGUUCCUGUGAGUUUUGUGAGCGAGCACAUUGAGACACUUGAAGAGAUUGAUAUGGAAUACAAGGAAUUGGCACUUGAAUCUGGCAUUGAGAAUUGGGGUCGGGUUCCUGCUCUCAAUUGCACUUCUUCUUUCAUCAAUGAUCUAGCUGAUGCUGUCACUGAAGCUCUACCUUCAGCAGCUGCUAUCACAACCAGCACAUCUGAAGAAGUCUAUAGUGAUCCGGUCAAUUAUUUCGUAAAAUUGUUUUUCGGCUCACUGUUGGCCUUUAUCUUGCUUUUGUCCCCAAAGAUAUUCUUGGCGUUUAGGAACAACCUUUUGUAGAAAUAGAUGGAAGACUUACCAGAUUUUGAAGCCUUGCGGUAUACACAAAACUGACUGCAGAGGAGAAUUAUAGAAAAGAUGGACUUAAGAGGAUGCUUGUAUUCUUCCUUUUGAGCUCUUGCUCAACUUCCAAAUGUUGACAAAUGUUGUAAAGUUUAUUUUAUCCAUGGUUAUUUUUCUCAAGUAUUCAUCUGUAGUAAGUAUAAUUAAGUAUAAAAAUUGAAACUUACUUUUAUAGGUUGUUACUUUCAAAAUAUUAUUA